UCAUUCCUCGGGGUCCUUUGGGAAGAUAGCCCCCGAUCCCCACUUGGCUUGGGCAUGGCUUCAUCCCACAUCCCACAUCCCACCUCUUCAAUCCCACUUUGCCGUGACUAAUGUUUGUAUGUCGGUGAUGUCGGUGAUAUCGGAUAGCCGCAAUAAACUCCGAUAUCUCCUUCUCGCCAACGAAUAUGUUUCCCGUCCCACAUCUACACUCACACAUCCUCCCACAUUCUUAUUGCAACUUACAUAUCCCACAUUACGUUGAAGUGGGAGAAGUAUUACCAAAAUUAGACAUCUCAAGUUCCAGAACCGGCUCAACCGCUAAACCUACUAAACGCGUGUUAGUCUAAUCUAAUCAAGCUUUGUUGGUCCGUCAACCCGUGUAAGGACAGGGGAAUGGGACUAGAUGUCUUCAUUACCAAAGACUUGGGAAUGCUCGUUCCCCGGGUGUGAGAAACGCUUCACCAGAAAGGAGCAUCUAAAUCGACAUAAACUGAGCCACAACCCCGAGCAUCAGUAUAAGUGCCACAUAUGUGGGCGAUGUUACGCACGAAGCGACGUAUUUAAAAGACACGUGAAGCAACACAAAUCAGACGUUUCUCAGCCAUUAGACACAACAAGAAUAUGUCUUCCAUGCGGUGAACGGAACACCCAAUGCGAUGGGAACACCCCCUGCGGAGCAUGUGUUUCGAGCUGGACAGGAUGUCUUCGGGCCUGUUCAGAUGCCAAUAGCCACCAUGCGGCUAAUACCGAGCCAACGGUCGCGUUACCAACAAGCGAUCCCGGCCAGGCAUCAUGGCUUCCAUCAACUCCAAACGGUUGGGGUCCAGGGCCACUGCCGGGUACACCGUCAUGCCAGGAAGCAUCAAAUGCCAUGAGUUUUGAUCAUGAAGGGCAUAGUCCUCGAUGGCCAGCUGGUCUGGCCUCUUCUUCAUCAGAUGCGCCCACUGCUAGAUUCGAGCGAAUUAAUUUCGCAACAGAUAUUCCUAAUAGCCCUUUGCAGCAGACGACGCCGCCGACAUCAGCACAAUCGCAGAGGACCCCAGAAAUACCCGGAUCUGUUGCGCCGGCCGAUUUACAGAACUAUCUAGACGUGAACUCAUCUAAUACCAAGCGGCUUGUCGACCUGUUCUUUAGAGAAAUUCAUCCGUACUGGGCGAUCCUACAUGCGCCUACGUUCGAACUGGAAAAAACUCCACCAAUUCUGGUAGCAUCAAUGGUCAUAUUGGCUAGCUGGUUCGAAAAGGGGCCAGAUCACCACAAGCUUGCUCCUAUCGUCUUCGACGAAGUAUCUCGGAUCCGAAUGGUUUUCCGACCGCCGUUGCACUUAUUACAGGCCAUUCUGUUCUAUGUUGUUUACGCGACGUACACGCUGAGCACGGAUGGCAUGGUACCAAAAGCCCUCAACCUCACAGGCCUUCUAGUAUCAACUUCUCGGUAUCUUGGUAUUUUCAAUGGUCAGUUCUUAUGUAACGAAAUGAGCGACUCGGAUCCUAGUUGCCCAUUUGCCGUUUGGCGUAUAACAGAGCAACUGAACAGACUUGCGUUUUCUGUUCUUCGCGUAGACACAUACCUCAGCAUGCUCCUUGACCAUCCGCCCUCGGUACGAUACCAAGAAUUAUGGAUUCCUCUGCCAAAGUCUUCUCAACUAUGGGCCGCUUCCAACGAACCCGAGCGACGAAAGCUCCAAUGGAACGAACCAGCAGGUCGCGAGAAGGCGCUCUUCUCGUUCUUCAUGCGCGACGCCCUCAAUCCUUACCGUGGGAAAUUGCCGUACUGCCUCACCGACAUCGACUACCACCUGAGCACCUGCGCGGCGCAGGCGACGAUCUGGGAAUUCGCGCGAGAGGCCCACAGUUCCAUGUCGGACGAGCUCGCCGACGAGAUCAGCCCGGGCGUUUUCGUCGACAUGGCCCGUCCGCAACUUACCCUCUGGCGGGACAAGAGCAAGCAAGACUACCCCCUGCUCGAGCAGUACUUCGCGGGGAGCCUGCCCGGGACCGACCAUCUCCUCGCGCCUCUGACGUUUACGCUGAUGUUCAUGGCCACGCUGAAGAUGUUCGCCCCCAUGAACGUCCUCCGCAUCAAGGGGCACUACUACAAGUCUCGCCCCGGCGCCGCGAUCCCGACCCGCAAGCCACAGACCCAUCUGCAGAGCUGGAUCUCGACGGGGUGUCCGCGGGCCGCGCUCUGGAACGCCGCGCAGAUCUGCCGGAUCUUCGUUAUCGAAUCCACCCGCACAGAUGACGGCGACAAUCACGACCACGACCAAGACCACAACAACUCCGGCAACGGAACCACCACCAGCAGCUCCUCCUCCCUUCUCCGCGCCCGUCUGCGGCUAAACCCGCUCCUCAUCCCUGGCGUUCUCAAGAGCGCCAUCGUAGCGUGUUCCUACGCGCGUCUCAAAGGGCGCUGCGCUAACUGCCGCAGCGAAGGCGAGUCCCCAGGGGAAUUACCGACGUCACUAGCAUCAUUAUGCACCACCUCCACUACCACCUCCGUCACCGCCGCCUGCUCGUCCUCCUCAUCGUCAUAUCCAUCUUCCUCACCCAUCCCUACCUCUACCACCGACACCAUCGACGACGUAAUCCACCUCUUCUCCGCCGACGAGCAGAGCGCCACGUUCCAAGCGUGGCGAGACCAGGGCACGCCGACGCCGUACUGGGGCGGGAUCCGCGGCAGCGAGAGCGUCCGCGUGUGCAAGUGCCAGCUGUCGCGGCUCGCGGCCUGGUUCCGCGGCGCCUUCGCCGACGACGAGGCCGCCCAGAUGGAGUUCGUGCUCUUCCUCGCCGAGCUGAGCGGCGAGCCCAAGUAAUACAUAGAGGGUAGUAGAUCAUAAGACGGGAAGGG